GUAGACGUCUGGCUCGACACCGACGACGACCGAAUGUGCCAAAUGUGUUUGUGAUUUUCUAUUGAAUGGACGCACGCAAAGUGUACGGUUUUGUUUUUUGAUUGAAUAUUUGUCAGUUUUUCACUUAAUUGUAUUGUUUUCAUUGCAUCCAAACGUUAUAAAUCACUUAAUCAACGCGAAAUAAAUGCAUUUUAUUGAUAAGCCAGAUACCAAUUCAACGAUCAUUUCAAUUAAGACCAAAUAGUUUCGAACAAAAAUAGAACAAAAAACAUUAAUUACACGCACGCAACACGAGCUUAAUUUGAUCGAUUGUGGCUGUUGAUGAAUCGAAAGAUGUGCCUUACUUGAAACUUAACUUCUUUGAAGUCAUUACAGUACCGAAGCAAAACGUGAAAUAACAUGAACAUUGAGUGUGUGCAAUAAAAUGCGUGGGAUCGACAUUUUGCGAUAACUGCCACAUGAAUAAAAUCUAAUCGCUGAAUUCGACGCAAUUGUAAACAGAAACGUAAACAGUUCAAAGUCAGUUUAGGAUUAAUUCGUUUGGUAAAAUCAAUCCACGCGUUGCCGAUUGAUUUCUGAUUCACGCAUUAAAUGAAAGUAGAGCAAUUAAAUAGAAAUGGGCCAGGGGCCGGCAGAAUGCAUUGAGUGUAUGCGACAAAGUCAAUGCUCGCUCAGACGAGCUACAUCCAACAUUACCCUCAUCAGCAGCAGCAGCACCACCACCACCACCACAAUCACCACCGACAUAGACAACGAUGACCGUCGACACCGGACAAAGACAACUACACACGGCUCGAGGCAACCGUGUCUCGCCACGAAAUAUAGCUAUUUUACCAGAAACCUCUUUGCUCUUAACAUAAUAUUAUUUGCCAUAAUCACGCAGACGAUAGCUGUGCCUGUGUCGCUGCUAUUCACCACGUACCAUGACAUUCGCCUUGCCAAUGUAACGCGACAAAAUGGGCCACCGUCAUCGAUUGAAACAAUUGCCAAAGAAUUACCAGAAGCGGGUGCCUUAGACUUUUUCUAUGAAAAACAACUGGUGUGCUGGACCGAUCAAUCGUUGCAGCGGAUACAAUGCAUGAAAUUAAACGGGACACAUCCGAAUUCAACGCAAAAUGUGAUAACGAGUGGGCUAGACAAACCAGAAGGUAUUGCCAUCGAUUGGUACACCGACAAAAUUUACUGGGCCGAUGGCGAAACGAAUCGCAUCGAAGUGGCCACACUCAAUGGCAAGUAUCAAAAAGUACUGUUCUGGUCGGAUUUAGAUCAACCGCGUGCAAUCGCUUUAGUACCAUCCAAAGCGUUGAUGAUUUGGAGUGAUUGGGGUGAAAAUCCAAAGAUUGAAAGCGCUGCCAUGGAUGGUGAGCCGAGUACGCGCCGCGUUUUAGUCAACGAUCGCAUUUUUUGGCCCAACGGUUUGGCGGUUGACAUUGAAAAAGAGCUCAUCUACUGGGUGGAUGGAAAUUUGAAAUUUUUAGAUGUCAUGAAUUUGGAUGGCUCCAAUCGAAAGACACUGGUUAAAGACGUUAAAGAUAUUGCAUAUCCGUAUAGUGUGACCAUAUCACCAGCCCACAAUCGUCUAUACUGGACUGAUUGGAACAUCGGUUCGAUUCAUAUGCAUGACUUGACUACAAAUGAGACACGAGAACUGAUCGACACUCCCGAUGUGCCGCUGGUGGUUCAUGUUUAUGACGAACGAUUGCAACCAUCGGGUGACAAUCCAUGCAAACACAAAAAUGGCAACUGCUCACAUUUGUGCUUGUUAUCCAAUUCAACGGCUGGAUUCACAUGUGCGUGUCCAACGGGUGUAAAACUACUGACGCCGACCAAAUGUGCCGAUGAGCCGCAAGACAUGUUGUUUGUAGUGCAACGACAAACAAUCAGUCGGAUAUCGCUUGAUUCACCAGAUUACACAAGUUUCGGCUUAUCAUUGGGUCGGGUGAAACAUGCCGUAGCAAUUGAUUACGAUCCGGUUGACGAUUUUAUCUAUUGGUCUGACGAAGAAGUGCAUGCAAUUCGGCGAGCUCGACUCGAUGGAUCUGGCCAAAUGGACAUCAUUACAACUGAAAUCGAGCAUCCAGAUGGCUUGGCUAUCGAUUGGCUUGCCCGUAAUCUCUACUGGACCGAUACCGGAACUGACCGGAUCGAAGUUUGCCGUUUGGACGGAACAUCAAGAAAGGUGAUCAUCAACGAGCAUUUGGAUCAGCCACGAGCUAUUGCAUUGGCACCGUCGCUCGGUUGGAUGUUCUGGAGUGAUUGGAAUGAAAAGAAUCCGAAGAUCGAACGAGCUUCAUUGGAUGGUUCACAGCGUGUUAUGUUAGUUACCGAGGGCUUAGGUUGGCCAAAUGGAAUUGCGCUCGAUAUUGAGGCGAAGAAAAUUUAUUGGUGCGAUGCAAGAACGGAUAAAAUCGAAGUGGAAAAUAUGGAUCCAACAAAUGAUGGUCAUGCACGACGCAUAAUACUCAGUGAAAAUUUGCCACACGUCUUUGGAUUGAGUAUUCUCGAUGAAUAUUUGUAUUGGACCGAUUGGCAACAGCGAUCAAUUGAUCGUGCGAAUAAAAUCACGGGCAAUGAUCGAGUUACAAUCAUAGAUCAAUAUCCCGAUUUGAUGGGACUGAAGGUGACUCGAUUGAAAGAAGUGAAAGGCACCAGUCCAUGUGCGAUUAAGAAUGGUGAAUGUUCACACUUAUGCUUGAACCGACCAAAAGAUUAUGUGUGCCGUUGUCCAAUUGAUUUUGAACUUGCGAAAGACAAACGAACGUGCAUCGUUCCAUCGGCAUUUUUACUGUUCUCACGGAGUCCACCUUCGCUGGGCAGCAUCGGCCGCAUAUCGAUUGACUAUAACGAAGACAAUCACAACGAUUACAUAAUUCCAUUCAAAGAUCUUCGCGAUGCACAUUCGAUCGAUGUGGAUGUGGCCGAACGGCGAAUCUACUGGACCGAUCAAAAAUCUCGGUGCAUAUCACGGGCAUUUAUCAAUGGAUCCGAUGUGCAAAAGGUCGUCGAUUCGGGAUUGAUGCGACCAGAGGGAAUCGCUGUCGAUUGGAUUGCACGCAACGUAUAUUGGACUGAUUCGGAAGCGAAGCGAAUUGAAGUGACUCGAUUGGAUGGCAGUAGUCGACGCAUUUUAUUGUGGAAAGGAAUCGAAGAACCGAGAAGUUUGGUGCUUGAACCCACCAAAGGUUAUAUGUAUUGGUCUGAAUGGCCAUCCGAUUCAAUUCGUCGAGCUGCUUUGGACGGUUCCGACUUGAUAACAAUCAUUUCGGGAGCAAAUCAUGCAUCAGGGCUUACAAUUGAUCCAGAUACUCGUCGUCUGUAUUGGGCAUCGCAAUCACGACCACCAGCAAUCGAAUCAGCUGACUGGGAUGGCAAGAAGCGACAAUUACUUGUCACAUCCGAUAUUGAAGCACCGUAUGCCGUAACAUUAUUCCAAGACACUGUGUACUGGAGCGAUUGGAGCUCGGGCGAUAUAAAACGAGCCAACAAAAUGUCCGGUGCCGAUCAAGCACUAGUUCAUAGUAAUUUGGAUUUCACCAGUUCAUUGCUGGUUUAUCAUCCAAGUCGACAGGCUGGAACGAAUCCAUGUCGAGUGAAUAACGGCGGUUGUCAACAUUUAUGCUUGGCUUUGCCCGGCCGACGUGGCCGAACUUGCGCUUGCCCAACACAUUUUGUGCUUGCCAAAGACAAUUUUUCAUGCAUUCCGCCCAAAAACUACGUGAUCUUCAGUCAAAAGAACUCGUUCGGUCGGCUUUUGACGAAUGCUAGUGACGCUCCAGAUGCACCGAUUCCAGUUUUAGGCAAGAAUAUUAGAGCUAUCGAAUAUGAUCCCAUUCAACACACCAUUUACUGGAUUGAAGGCAAAAGUCACAGCAUUCGACGCUCUUUUGAUAAUGGAACAAAAACCGUUCAAUUCAUUGGACCACAUCCGCAGCCUUAUGACAUUGCCAUCGACAUCAUUGGACGAUUGCUUUUUUGGACGUGUGCUUUCACAAACACCAUCAAUGUCACCAGAUUGGACGGUCAAGUGUUGGGUGUCGUUGAUAUUGGUGAUUCAGAGAAACCACGAAGCAUUGCUGUGCAUUCAAUGAAGCGGCUACUCUUUUGGACUGAUGUUGGCAGUCAACAAUCCAUUUAUCGAUCUCGUAUUGACGGAGCUGAUCGUCUUACGUUGGCAAUUAAACUGGAAGGAGUAGCAGCAAUCACAGUUGAUCAAGAUUUAGACUUACUAUUUUAUGCCUACAACAAGCGUAUCGAUGUGAUGGAUCUUGAUGGGCGGAAUAAGAGAAAUUUGGUUUCAAGUCACGUGAGCAUGGUGGUUUCAUUGGCCGCUCUACAGGGUUAUUGCUAUUGGUUAGACGAACGAGCCGGAGUGGAACGAGUGACCAUCACCGGCGAUGGUAGACGAGCAGAAUUAACACAGAGGGCACUUCAAAUCACCGACAUUGUGGCAGUUUCAAUGCCUGACACCAAAUUAAUUCGAAAUCACACGUGUUCCAUGAGCCGAGCCAAGUGCUCACAUUUUUGCAUUGCCGAAUAUUCCAAGACUGAGAUAGAGGUGUGCUCAUGUCCACAAGGUCAGAUGCUACUGCAAGAUAAACGCAGUUGUGGUGCAUUACCGGCAUGUGGCCCAAAUCAUUUUACAUGCGCUGCACCCUUUUAUGGAGCUCCUUAUGAAAGUUCGAGCUCUGAUUUAAACAAAGAUUGUAUUCCAUCGAGUUGGCGUUGCGAUGGACAAAAUGAUUGUCCAGAUAAAUCGGAUGAAGUCGGUUGUCCAUCGUGCAGACCGGAUCAAUUCCGAUGCCAAUCGGGCGAGUGUAUUGAGAAGAGUUUAGUUUGUGACGGAACGACACAGUGUUCCGAUGGUCAUGAUGAAGCAAAUUGCUGCAAACGACCACAAGACUUUCAAUGUCCAAGUAAUAAGGUGUGUAUUCCGGCCGCUUUGCUGUGCGAUGGCUGGGAAAAUUGCCCAGAGAGUGCAGAUGAAUCGGAAGAAAUAUGUAGCAUGCAAAAUCGUAGAGCUCCGCCAGUUUCCGACAAAAAGACCAUAUUCGUCGGUAUUUUUGUCGUUGUUAUAAUAGUGUGUUUGAUAGCAUAUACGAAUGUGCGGCGAACACAGAUAUGUCGCACGAAAUUGGCCGGCGCUGUAAAUGAGCCAAAAGAUGAUCAAGCAAUGGAUCCACUUUCGCCAGCAUCACAUAAACCAACUCAUGUAUCGAAAAUCACGGCAGUGUCCGACAACGUGCGAAUGUCAACGUUGAACAGUCGGACAACAGUAGCGAAUAGUUAUGAUCGAAACAAUAUCACCGGAGCUUCGAGUUCAACAACAAACGGAAGCAUCGGUUACAUAAAUCCACCGCCAAGUCCAGAGACAACUCGAGCGGCAAGUCAUCGACCAUACAAUAGACACUAUAAGACAAGAAAUAAGCCACCGCCGCCAUCACCGGCCGAAACGACUGAUUUUUGUGACGAAAGCGACGAGUAUCGAACUCAUUCCCGUAUUCGAUCGCCGUUGUCAUGCGAACCGAACGACUAUCGAACGAACAUCCUUCGAACGGCCAGCAAUGGUACGGGCAGCAUCAACAGUAAUAGUUUGAGAAAAGCACGAUAUUGUUAUGAUCGAGAACCGUGUCCACCACCUCCAACGCCUCGAUCACACUACCAUUCUGACGGCCAUCAAGCACCAGAAAGCAGUUGCCCCGGCACACCGUCACCCAUUCGAUCCGUGUCAAUAUCAAGUUCCACUUAUUUCUCGCCACCUCCACCACCAUCGCCGCAAUUGAAAAACUAAAAUAUUUAUAUUUGAACAACGCGUAAUUUCUAUAGAUCGAUUUUAUAUUUAUAUAUAUACGAGACAAAAUAGAGAGUGCCUAGGAAAAUCCCAUUUUUAAAACUUGCAACAUGCUAAUUGCCACUAACUUUUUGAACAUUUGAUGCGUUUUCUUUGUAUGUUGUUGUUCAUAUUUGCUUGAUUGUUAAAACAAAUGAAAAGGGAUAACAUAAAUAGAAUCAAUUUUUUUUUUUGCAUAGAACAUAGUAGAGAGAAGCAAGGAUAUGUCUAGAGAUAUGUCUACAAAUAAAAAUGCAAGCAUUUUUUAAAUGAACAUGUGAUACAAAACUGAAAGAAAAUUCUUUUAGAGAUCAAACCUGAAAUGGAAAAUCAAAAAAAAAAAAUCAGAACCGAAUGAAUCGAAUCGAUGAAAAGUCCGCAGUCGAAAUGCAUAGACUUUUUAUGCGUUUAACAUUGAGACUGUCUGCAAAUGUCAUUUAUAUGUAGCUUAUUUCGGGAAAAAAAAACACAUAUUGAAAUUAAUAAUAGAUUUAGGAUGAGAAUAUAAAAAACCUAUAAUUUUUGUUUAGAGAACAUACUUGUUUUGUAAGACUGGACUGAUGUUUUGAAUUUAUUUGUAGUAUUUCUAUAAUUCAGUGGGAUAUUUUUCUUUUUCGAAAUGUCUAAAUUAGGAGUAAUGUGACAUCACAAAAAGCAUUUAUUCAAUUUGAAAGCGAAUAAAUCAAUUUCUAUUUUACAAUAGAACUGAAUAUUCAAAGUAGAAAAAAAUAUAAAGUUGUUAAAUGCCAACAUUUUUGAACGCAUUUAAAUGCUAAGACUUUUCAUUCGACAACGACAUUAAAUUGUUAAGACUUUGUAUAAAAUCUAAUUCGAAUUAUCAAAAUAAAUAAACGUUUUCUAAAAAAAA